CCAUCAAACAGAGCCUUCUUUCAUUUAUGAAACAAUCAGUAUCCCUUACUCUGUCCCUCUUUUUUUCUAUCUUCGACACAGUAAACACCUGGGAUUGAUUCGUCCCGUCCACCGUGUGCCUCUAAAUGUCUGCAAACCCUCGGACAGUGAACACAUUUUGGUUAUUUUAAAUAUAUAGUGCUGCAGUGGCUUUAGGAAAGAUUGCACCUCUUUCUCUGGACACUGGAAACCAGCCCCUCCAUGGCUCUGCAGGUCUUGGGAAUCACUCUUUCAAUGAUCGGCUUUGCAGGAACCAUCAUCAUCUGUGCUCUGCCCAUGUGGAAGGUGACGGCCUUCAUCGGCACAAACAUUGUGGUGGCUCAGGUCUUCUGGGAGGGUCUGUGGAUGACGUGUGUGUACGAGCGCAUCGGUCAGAUGCAGUGUAAACUCUAUGACGCGCUGCUGGAUUUGGAUCCUUUCCUGCAGGCUUCUCGUGGGCUGAUCGUGACCUCCAUGGCUAUGGCCUGCUUGGCUUUCCUCAUCUUUCUGGUGGGGGCUGACUGCACAAACUGCCUCAGUAACCCACGAGCCAAAGCACGGAUCGUGGUGGUUUCUGGGAUCACCUUCAUGCUUUCUGGACUGACCGCAGUGGUGCCCGUGUCCUGGACGGCCGACUCCAUCAUCAGAGACUUUCACAAUCCCAUCAUCCACGAAGCGCUGAAGAGGGAGAUGGGGGCGGCGCUUUAUGUGGGCUGGGUCACUUCGGGCUUUCUGUUCGUUGGUGGGGCGGUUCUCUGCACCAGCUGCCCACCAGAGCGGCACAACUACUCACCGAGAUACACCUUAACAAAGACUGACACCCACAGCAGCUAUGCCAUAAAGAACUAUGUGUGAUAUACAACACAUGACACUAAACAGACACACUGAUCCAGUUCAAAAGUGAUAUUACACA